AGUCCAGUGUAGCAGGCUAGGCUACAGUCAUCUGCAAAGACUUUUUUUCUAUCGAACUCGCUUUCACUGAACAGCUCGUGUUGGAAAGGGUUUUGUACAUGUGCCCUUGCCGUGUUUCUCACUUUGAGGAGUACCAUCACAAAUAUGUGAUUAGAAUUUUGCCCAAAUUUUGAGUUCUCAUUUUGAUGUCAUAAGGACUUUGCAAGAUUUUUUAACACAGACUUCGAUGGGAGCAGUAGAGUGUUCAAGUAAAAUUCUAGAAGAACCUGGGGAAAGUCCUUACUCCUCAAAGGGUUAAUAUUCAUGAUUCAGGUGCACAGUGAGUGGCAGGUAGAUUAUUCAUGUUCCUGGGCACGAGUUGGUAAGUCCCUUAGUUGAGUCGAUGCCACUUGCUGUUGAAGUCCUGCUGAAGUUUCCUUUAUCCUAUGUGCGUAAAUGACCAAAAUCUGUUCGUGCAAGAGUAUUUUUAAGUGAACCUGGUGCACGUGGCAUUCAAGACAGCAAAGUUUAAGAGCAUCACAUGGACCCAAGUGGUUGAACAGCACAGAAAACAUUGUUUGAGCAGAGAAAGUGUGAUUCAAAGCAGAUGAUUUUAACAGCACCACGAGACAAACAGUUCAGCGGCACAGAGAACAGUGUCCAUGCUACAUCAUUUGUAAGUGAACUUGGCGCACAUGGCAUUCAACACAGCUGAGUGGGAUACCAAGCAUAAAACGGCACAGAAAAUAGUACUGAAGACAAGAUCCUUCUCAAGUGAAAUUGGUGCACGUUGGAUUCAAAGUGGGUGACAUCGUAGGAGACGAUCAACUCGGCAGCACAGAGAGCAGUGUUACCCAAUGAUAUGGCGGUGUAAACUAUGUAGAUUUUCUUCCGAUAGAAAAGGAGAAACGGAGGAAAGUCUGGAGCAGGAGCGGAUUCAGCUACUGACUGAGAUCCAAAAAAGGGACAACAACAAAGUGAUAAAGGAAAUCAUGUGCAACACAUUUGCACACCGAAGAAAUGAAAUCGUAAACCAAAUGCCCAGCAUUGAGGAAUUCCAUGCCAGAUGGCCUGCACUAUUUGAAGCAUCCCAAAUCGAAGAGGAGUUUCACCGAAUUACAACCGUGCACCUUGAAGCUAAAUUUAUGGCCAAGCUAGAUGAAUACACUCCCAGGCUCAUGACAAUCUUUCAGGCCAAGGGUGGCGCCAUGGGAUUGAGGCUGCAGGCCAUUCUCCUCAAGGCCCCAACCAAUCCUGAUGUCAACUUGAUGCGGGACCUCAUCAUCCAGUGCUUGAUGGUAUACCUUGGGGAGUCCCUGAAUGAUCUCUUGAAAGAGUUUGAUGACGCUGAUGAAGAACAGAUGUCCGAGGACCUUGCUGCUCAAAAAAUGAAGAUCUACAGCAUCAUGUCCAGCUCAGCAGAGGGGCCGAGCGAUGUUGGUGUCGUCAUUGAGGGAGUGAAAGUUCUCACCACUCUGGGUACCUUUGCCAGGGCUUGCUGCAUGCUCCUUGGGCUGACUUAUGCACUAAAUCUGGCCUACCCUAAGGAGCUCAGAUAUACAUUUGAAAUCUUCCAGACGCUCCUUCUGGAGCUGGACUGUUCAAAGCCGUCCCCAAAGCUGCACACUUUGAAGAGUAAGUUGUUGGACUAAGGAAAUGCCGAACUGGACACUUGAGCUGAGGCGGUGCGAUGGACACUUGACUUCAGUUUUUCAGAACUUAAUGACUUAAAGAUUUACCUUUUAAUUUCUCCAAACACUACUUUUUCAAACAGAUUGACACACGCACAAAAAAGUAAAAAUGUGUUACGCCAUCCUCGGUUGAUUUGUUGAUAUCUGAUGUGUCUGUAGAUGUGUUUGAAGCUGUGAACGAAACAUUAACAGUUAUAUCUACUGUACCGUUAAGCAAACUUAUGCUAAGACCGUGCGAUGGACACUUGAGCUGAGGCACUGCGAUGGACACUUAAGCUGAGACACUCUGACUGCUGUGUUUCCGCCUCGAAGAAAAGUGUUCAUUAGUCUUCAUCAGUCUUCAUUAACAUCAACACAUCUAGCGUCUAUUUGUUAAGUUGAUAAUAGCAAACACUUCGCAUACAAAACAGUUUUGGAACAACUUUUGAAAGAUAUUGCCACUUUAGAACAAAAAGCCAUUUUCAUUUCAAGUUUUGGAAAACGUAUAAGGGUUACAAAGUAAUGCUGUAUGUAUUCAUGUCAAUGAAGACUGAAACUUUGACAAAU